CUUUGCCCAACGUGUACUGUACAAUAUUCCAGAGCAUACAACGAGGAAAUCGUCUGAAAGCCAAGAUCAGAUUCAUGUUACGCUUGAAAAUAAAAAGUUAACACUGGGGUUGGAUUUGAAAUUGCGAGCAUGGAAAAAUCCCGCCUGGAAGGUAAAGGGGGAAAAUACCGCUGAAGUAGAUGUAUUAUAAGAAACGGUGUCCGAAAGCUGCUGAUCUGACCGGAUAAUCAAUAUUGAUUUUGGGAAAACAAGCCUCUGGUAGGACAUACCCACUGAGGAUGUGUGAAACGUAAAGCACAGAUCUUCGCAGUGAAAAAGGUGGAAUACUGAUUCCAAGUUAAUAUUUUUGGAGUCUAUCGAGUCAUCUGAAGCCCAUAAGGUCCAUUUAUCCAUUUUAAGCGAUUUAACGCGCAUUUCGUUGCUCAGAAACUAUGGGACACCCUCCACUGGAGUUUAGUGACUGCUAUCUGGACAGUCCCGAUUUUCGGGAGAGAUUGAAAUGCUACGAAGCGGAACUGGAAAGAACAAGCAAGUUCCUGAAGGAUUUAAUUAAAGAUGGCAAUAAUGUGAUAACUGCAAUCAAGACUUAUUCCCUGGCUGUUCAGAAAUUUGCUCACACGCUGCAGGCUUUUCAGUUUGAUUUCAUUGGCGAUUCCCUGACUGAUGAUGAGAUGAACAUUGCUGAGUCUUUUCGGGAGUUUUCUGGCCUGCUACAAGAAGUGGAGGAGGACAGAAUGAUGCUGGUUCAGAAUGCUUGUGACUUGCUGAUUAAACCACUGGAGAAAUUCCGAAAAGAGCAAAUAGGAGUCACAAAAGAGAAAAAAAAGAAGUUUGAGAAAGAAAGUGAGAAAUAUUAUUCUGUGUUGGACAAACAUUUAAACUUAUCGUCCAAAAAAAAGGAAACUCACUUACAAGAGGCUGAUGAGCAGCUUGACAAAGAGAGGUUAAACUUCUACGAGUCCUCAGUGGAGUAUGUCUACCAGAUACAGCAGGUGCAAGACCGGAAGAAAUUCGACGCGGUGGAGCCUGUUUUAGCUUUCCUCCAGAGUCUUCUGACACUGAAUAGCCUCACCUUUGAGACAACUCAAGACUUCAUGCCGUACAAGCAAGAGCUGCAGCUCAGCCUGCAAAAUACAAGGAACCACUUUGAAAGCACCCGGGAAGAGAUGGAGGAGCUCAUGAAGAGAAUGAAAGGCUCUCCUCAGAUGUGCAAAAUUCCCGGCCAGCCCACCAUUGAAGGCUACCUGUACUCACAGGAGAAAUGGGCUCUGGGUAUUACAUGGGUGAAAUAUUACUGCAAGUAUUACAAGGAGAGCAAGCUACUCAUUAUGAUUCCUGUAGAGCAGAAGCCUGUUACCAAACAGGGCCCUGUGGAGUUGAAACUUAAAUUGUGCAUCAGACGCAGGACUGAGUCAAUAGACAAACGUUUCUGCUUCGACAUAGAAACGUGCGAAAGAACUACACCUGUUACACUCCAAGCCCUUUCUGAGGCAAAUAGGAAGCUGUGGAUGGAGGCAAUGGAUGGAAAAGAACCUAUAUAUCAUUCACCAAUUCAAAAGCAAGCUGAGAUGGAGCUCAAUGAAGUUGGAUUCAGGUUUGUCAGGAAGUGCAUUAAUUUUGUUGAAAUGAAAGGACUUACCCAAGAGGGCGUCUACAGAACAGUUGGCAGCAAUAUACAAGUGCAAAAAGUUAUAAAUUCCUUUUUCAAUCCAAAAUGCCCAGGAGAUGUGGAUUUCAGCAGUGGUGACUGGGAUGUCAACACUAUCACAAGCUCCAUGAAGUUCUACCUCAGGAGUCUCGCUGAACCUCUGAUGACCUUCAAUCUCAACAGAGAACUUAUUUCAGCUGCAAAAUCUGAAAAUCUUGACUAUCGACUUGGUGCCAUUCACUCGCUCAUCUAUAAACUUCCGGAUAAGAACAGGGAGAUGCUGGUUCUGCUUAUUCGACACCUAGUCAAUGUAUGCAGUCACAGCAGAGAGAACCUGAUGACUCCGUCGAACAUGGGAGUGAUUUUUGGACCCACUCUCAUGAGAGCUGAGGAGGAGACCGUGGCUGCCAUGCUCGAUAUCAAGUUCCAGAACAUCGUAACUGAGAUCCUUAUCGAAGACUAUGAGAAGAUUUUCAGUGCUGCGCCAGAGGAAAGUUCAGCCCCACCCCUGCCUCCUCCCCGGGUCAACCCACGGAAGCGUCAGCCAAUCACUAUUUCAAAGCGUCCUCCUCGACCACGCCCAGCCAUCAAUUAUAACCUUUUUGAGAUCACUGAUGUUGAAAACUGUGGUGAGACACUGAACAGCAGUAGGUCACAAGAGGUGGAGAUGGAGGCUGAAGCCCAAACCAGUCCAGUGCCCUUCCAACGGACCAAGCUGGCCAAUUACAGUCCUCAUGUCAGUGGAAGAGAGAUGGCACCAAAGCACCCCCUCAAGCCCAUACCAAAUAGCCGGCUUGACCUGCACUCCGCUUCAGAAGUUGCUAAAAUGGUCUCAAGAUUACAAGACAUUGGUCAUAGACCAGAUGAUGCAGCGUCAAGUGGAAACACAGCCAUCACAGUGAACAGAUCCUCAUCUUUCCAGAUCAGAAGGCCUCCUUCUAAGGAAGGCAAUACCAAUGGUAUAACCAAAGCCAGGGGACAAGCAGAGCGGCAUCCCAUCUGUAGACCCCCCAUGAGACCACCUGACCCUCCUGCCCGAUGUCCAGCACUUCAAAAAUCUCCAAAUUCGCCAACUACUGAGGAAACUUCAGCUUCUUAUGUUGCUUCAAAAGCCAAAUUUUUUGAAAAUGCUUCAAGGCAAAACAGGAGUGCAGGGACUUCACAAUCAUCAGCUUUGGUGAGCACAAAAGACGAGAGUUCAAAAUGAAGUCUCUGCGAGACCUGCUUCAGUCAUCUCCAGUUUCAGUGAUGAAGUUUUGGGACCAGGAAUUUGAGAGCCAACAGGAUAUACACUUAGCAGCUGAUUGUGUUGUCCAUCAGUCAUCCUGCGGUUUAUAUCAUUCUGCAGAGACAUGUUUACAACAGGUGCUUUUUUUGUGAUAAAAAAAUGAUGCGGUAUAUAAGGGAUGUCAUUUUACGAGCACAGCAAAUCCAUUUUAACCUUGCCAAUACAUGAUCCUGUUUAAACUGAAAAUCUCCAUUCCAUUGUGUGUGGACUGUCAUUCAAGGGAAACGUUCCGUAGAUGGCGUUGGUUUCUAUGCCACUUACAUGCAAAUGAAGACUGUUGAACUGCAUUAUAUUUUUUAGCUUUUCAAUUAAUGUGACACUGCACCUUUAAAAAACGUGCCAAUGAGAUCAUAGUGUGCAAUUGGUUUUUUUUUUGCGAAAUUGACUACGGAUGACAGACUUCAAAGAAAGUACAGUCCCUCUGCACUACAGUAGGUUUGCCUAUGGCAAGUGGGAUUGAUCUGAAUCUCCCAUGUAGGGGAGAUUUUAUUCCGCGUCACCUGUGGUGCCUAAUCCCCGUUCUUCUAAAUAUCCAGAUUGUCGCACCUGGAAACUUGCUCCCAAGUUUAUUUCAUUUACCAUUAGAACUUCUCAGAACAAUUAAGGGUGACAUGGACUUGUGAAUGUGUUAAAAGUGGUUUUGUUUUUGUUUGUUUUUACGGUAUGUGGUCACUUUUAAAUGUGAAUAUGAAAUAUAGGGGAAAAAACACUUCAGUCUAUAAAAAAAAAAGUAAAACGUAAUGCUUCUCCAUCAGUUGAACUCUCUUGGAAAAUUAGCGUACAGAUUUGAAUACCUGUAAUUAGUUCUAUAGCGGUACAGAGAUGGUCGAGGCGGAGUAGUUGGAUAUUCACUUGUCCUUAUGUAAUGUAAAGUACGUUUUCCAUCUGAUUCUUCUCCGGAUUCUCUCUUAUUGGCAGUGGUAUCUCUCUCCAGAUUGCUUCAGGAAUAAAUUUCCUGAAACCGACAUCUGUGUAAUCUGCUUGUCUUUUUGUUUUUUUUAACCUUUUCUCAUUUAGAUUUUGUUGAAUAAAUUCAUUGCUUUUUGGCUUUCUUUUUAUGUGCGAAUCUAAACACAAUACAUGUCCAGUUGUUAAUCCCAUUUAAA